AUGCAACUCUUCACCACGACCUUUUUCGCCAUCCUUACCAUCUUUAUAUCUAUUAUCAAUGGCAUUAAAGGAAACGAUAACUGCCUCGGUCACAACAAUUGUACCUUAUUCAUGAGAUGGUCGGAAGGCUCACCCGGCCUCAAAUCCGGCACUAUGGCAAUGCCCAAAGAUCUCGCACUCUAUGGAAAAGAUUGUAACGUCAUUGAAUCAAAAAUGACCCAAGCCGAAGCAAAAGGCCCAAUCGAAAUCAAAUCUUCUUUAUCCGAAACCAUAACUCUCACUGGGGAGACUGCCGUUUUUUUCACACCUCUCUUCACAUAUGGCAAGAAUGAAGAAGGUGGGGAGAAUUCUUGCGGGCAAGGCGAAAAUAGCUGGGUCUGUGACUUUGCAUGUUAG